UUGAACGCAAAACUUAAAUUGGCACAGUGGGGAAUGUUGUGUACGGCAAUGACAGGAGAAACGUUUUAUUUCAUUAAGUGUUUAACUGAUUAACUUUAGUUUUUGUUAACUAACAUAACGUAAAAUCAGAUUGUAGUUUUCUAUCAAUUAUCAUUCAUGACAUGAAACGUCUUUAUUCAUAAACUCGUAUCAAAUUAUCGUAGAAAGUAAGAAACAUUUUGAUUUUAAAUUUCUCGUGGUUUCAAGUAAUGACCAAGGUUAGCUAUUAAUAUUUACAUAAGACACCUAAGUCGAAGCUUUAUUCAUUUUAAGAUGAGUGAUGAGUGCAAAGUAAUUGAAUUGUCUCAGAGUGUGUGUCAAGUGGAGAAAAAAUCUCGACGCCGUCGCAUUUGUUUUACUCGUAAAAAGCAGGAUAAAAGGAAAUCUCUGGAGCAGCUUUCCUUGAGUGCUGGUAGUAGCCCACUCCACGCGAAGGGUACCCGUCGCCCGGUGAGCCAGAACUUGCUGGUGGCUCCGAGGACCUCGGCGUAUGACGUGAGGAAGAGUAAGGUGAAGGAGUGGGACUGCCGCAUCUGUAAGAAGGAGCUGGUGGAGCCGCGGCUGCUGGCGUGCCUGCACAACUUUUGCACCAGGUGUCUGGAAGGCUUGCACCAGGAGAACGAGACAGAAGCGUGGAAUGAAGCAGAUGGUGGUUCGCUACAGCUGGACCCAGGAGGAUCAAGAUCUAACUCUGGCGGUGGCUCCGCAGGCUCCGGGUACGAGAGCGACCUCCGACACUCAGGGUCUGAAGGCAGCUGGGAACAGAAGCAGCGGAAAUAUGGCAUAUUCACUAGAAAUGAAUCAGGCAAGCCCGUCCAGUUCCUGCUGUGCCCGACGUGUGGGUACGAGACACAGCUACCUCCCGGUGGCAUAUCAGCGCUGCCACUCAACUACGUGCUGCUUCGGAAGAUGGCGGCCGCGCAGGACAGCGAGGGGGUGAACGUGCUUUGUGAUCUGUGUAGCGAUGAUAAUAAGGCUGAGAGCCGUUGCAGCCAGUGCCUGGUGAGCAUAUGCACGUCAUGUGGCGAGGCUCACGGGCGGCAGAAGGCGACUGCGCGCCACUCGCUGCACCCGCUCGACCCCGCGCCGCUCAAGUACUGCAGCCAGCAUCCCAAAGCUGAGCUCAGCGUGUACUGCGCCACGUGCCAGCAGGUGGUGUGCCGCGACUGCUGCGUGAUCUCGCACUCGGGGCACGCGCUGGGCUCCGCGGGUCGCGCGGCGGCGGAGCGCGCCCGCCUGCUGCGCGCCGCCUGCGAGCGCGCGCAACACGUGCCCGAGAACGCGGAGCGGGCCGCCAGGGAACUCAGCUCGCAUGCCUACGAGAUUGAUUGCCAAGCAGCUCGCGUCGAAAACGAGGUACAAGAAUGGGCGCAGCAGUACCGGCGCGCAGUGGAGGCGCACACGCGGGCUGUCUGCGCUAACGCGGCGCGGGCCCGGGAGAGGCAUCAGCAGCGGCUGGACCUCAAGAGCAGGGCGCUGGACGACAGGAUCAAACAGGCUGUUGAUGCCGUCAGGUUCGCUGAAGAGCUCUUAGCAGAAGGCAAAGAAGACGAGGUCCUGACCCUCUCCGGGCCGGUACUCCGGCGGCUAGAGCGUCUGACGGAGAUAGAGAGUCUGUCGGAGGCCCCGCGCCUCGAGCUACGCUUCGCCCCGCGCGCCCCCUCCACACACGACCCCACCGUGUUCGGGAGACUGCUCACACAUGCACCAGACCCCGAUAUGUGUAUGGUUAAUACUGAAGGUUUACAAGAUUUAAGAGUGGAUUGUGAACACGAAGUGACUAUGGAGUUACGAGACAGCAAUGGUGAACGUAUCUGGUGUGGGGGUGAGCAGGUCGCAGGCUACUUCCGUCGCCGCGACUCUAGCGCGCGGCCGGCGGCGGCUCGCGUGACGGACGCGGGCGACGGCUCCUACACGCUGCGGGUCACGCCCGCCACUCCAGGCUCCUACCUCCUGGCUGUCACUGUCAAUAAUAAACCUAUUAAGGGCAGCCCGUACUCCUGCUGCGCGCGCGCGGGCGCCCCGCACUGGGGCCGCUUCCACUGCUGCGCGUUCUGCUCGUCGGGCGGCCGCCGCGACGCCAGCUGCGGCUGCGGGGCGCGCAUGCCCGGCGGGUACCAGGGUAGCUAUCACUAUAUCCAUCAUCUUCUUUUCUAGAUGAGAAAUCGUCAAUCGACGACCUCUCAUUUUGGGUUGACCAGAAAGGAGUUUUAGACUUUCAUUGAAUGAAAUGUACCGUUAUUUUUCAAUUGCCUUUUGUGUUAAAAUGAGUCGAAAAUAUUUUGGGCAGUUAUGAUUAUCUUGGAAAACUAUAUGCACAGCAAAGCUCUACCAAAGUCGCGAGCUUAUCAUUUUUUCAGGUUUCCGUAUCGGCUCUAAAACUUAUUUAAUCAUUACCUACAACAAAUUCUUUCCAAUUAAUUGUCUCCUCUUGAAUCUACUUCUGCUUCUAUUCUACUUCAAAAUUCGUUCUCCAAAACUUCAUUUUCGGCUUUGAGAUACAUGUAUAGCUUUUUACCUGUACUAAGCCACCCAUCUUGAACUCGAGCUUUGCAAUCCCUGAACUGUAAGUCCAUUUAGGAAGACUUAAGCUAAGAUACUGCCUAUUCAACACACAUGUCCCCUUGCCAACACUGUGGUCACGGCCACAACCUUUGAUCCCUUAACUGUAAUAGCCCGUUUACGAAGACAAGAUACGGCCUAUUCAUGUAUUCCCUUACCCAGGCUGCGGCUAGGGCCACGAGCUUUGAUCCCUGAACUGUAAGACCUAAGCUAAGAUACUGC